CCUAACACACACACGUAGGCGCGUAUCCGACCGACCAACCCCCUUCUCCCCGGCAGCAGCAGAUUGGAGAGCCGGCGAACGGCGGGACAGCCAGGCAGCGACGACCAGCUGCUGCAGCUCCGACGGCACGGGAAGCACCGAGAUCUGCACCGAACCAGGAGGUGUGUCAGUGUGCUGAGUCCCCUUAUUGUGUGCAACAGCACCAUGGCAGCUACGGGACCUGAGGACAGAGCUGAAGAAGGGCCGGGGGGGGCUGCAGUCUGCCCCCCCGGCCUGCAGGCCUGCACCUCUACAACCACGCACAGCAGCAACGAGCCAGACAUGCACAACACUCUGGUGUGUACACCGAGGUGCCAGGCUGAAAAAGGUUUGAUGGAGAGCGGCCAUCAGAAGAACAGGACAUCAGUCCAGCUGCAGAGGGAGGCUGAGCGAGGCUGGAGCAACAUGGCUGCCCCCUCUCACUCUGUGGGACCCACAAUGCACCUGGGCAAUAGGUCAGCUGCUAGAGAGGCACCCUACUGUUUCCGCAGUCCGGAGUCAGUGGAGAUGGACGAGAUCAUGGCGGCCAUGGUUCUGACCAGCCUGUCCUGCAGCCCCGUGGUGCAGAGCCUUCCCCAAAGUGAUCCUGGACCAGCCGCCUCGACCUCAGCUGACAUGGAGUGUGGUGGUGGAGAGCUCUCCGACAGUGGCAGCAGUGGCUACUGGAGCUGGGACCACGGCAACGUAAGCCCUGCCCCCUCGCCGUCCGUCACUGAGAUUGACAGCAGCCCCGAUGAAGGCCUACAGAUGGAGCUGGAGCAGGGGGAAGAGCUUAAUGCCAAAAAGCCAAAGAGCUCUUUCAGAAGUGUGUACAGGUGUCUGUGGCCCAGCUGUGGCAAGGUGCUCACGUCUUCAGUAGGAAUAAAAAGACACAUCCGUGUGCUGCAUCUCGGCAGUGCGUCAGAUCAGUCCCAGAGAGAAGAAGACUUCUACUACACCAAGUUCUCCUGUGAGAGCGUGGACUCCCCCCCGACUCCGGCCCCGUCCCAGCAGGCUCUGGGCCAGGCCUCGUCCUCUCAUCUCAGCUGGGCCCCCUGCGAUACUCCUCCGGCCUCUGGGGUCCAGAUCCCUCCAGCUCACAGACCCCGGUCCAACUCCAGCUCCGGGCCGGGCACCAGCAGGCCCAGUCCGCUCAGCCAGUCGGCCCCCAGCAGCUUCUGGCAGAUCCACUCGGAGCAUCUGUAUCAGGCCUGCAGCCCCGUCCAGGUAUCUGUGGCCUCAAGGACCCCCGGGUGCCAGGGUUGGAACCCCUCUGCCUCCGUCUCUGGCCAUACUAACACUCCGGUGGUGAAGCCUCGCUGUCGCUCCGUCAGUGUGGGGGAACAGUGGCUCCAGCAGAACAGGCUGCAGCCUAUGACUGCUUCCCCCUCCCGCACUCACUGCUCCUUCAGGAAGGGUCGUGGUGAGGCCAAAAAGUGCCGUAAGGUGUAUGGAGUGGAGCGCAAGGAUCAGUGGUGCACCGCCUGUCGCUGGAAAAAAGCCUGCCAGCGCUUCCCCGACUAAAGACUGUUGUGUGAUGAAGAGCGAGAGCAUGAGAGACGAAGACGUGAAUGAAUGGAUGAAUGAUAAAAAGAGACUUUUAUCAAAAAGAGGAUAUAAUCCAGGGCCUGAGAGCCUAUAAGAAAAAACACGUCUGUUUUUAUUUUCAGGCUACAUCCACACAAAUACAUUUUUCGUGUUAAAACACAUAAUAUUGAUAUAUUAACGCCUAGCGUCCACAUAACAAUGAUUUUUUUUAACCAAUAAAGCAGAGACUUUUGAAACAUUGCUGACCCCAUUUAAGUCUGAAAACUCUGGGAUUGCAUUUCAGUCCGGACAGGCAGAAACAGUCUUUUGAAAAUGAUAAAGCCUACGUUAGCUUACUGUUCUUUUACAGGUGGAAACAGUCUUUUCAAAGCUAACACUAACUGUUGUUUUAAAGGCAAAAAAACAUUUAUUUUGAAAAUGCUAAAGCUUACAUUAGCUUACUGUUCUUGAAAAGGCAGAAACAGUGUCUUUUAAAUAUGCUAAAGACUAUGUUAGCUUACGGUUGCUUGACGGGAGGAAAAAUAGUUUUUUGAAAGUGCUAAAGCCUACGCUAGCUUACUGUUCUUGUACAAGUGGAAACAGUCUUUUUAAAUCUUAUGUCAGCGUACUGUUGUUUAACAGGCAACUGAUUCUUUUGAAAUGAUGACGCCUAGGUUAGCUUACUUUUUGCAUGUCUUUGUAGAUCAUGUCCUUUCCCACUUCAACAGGUCCCUAUUACUUAAUAUUUUACCGAAAAGCAACAACAUUAAUGUAUGUGCUUUGCACUGACUCCCAAUCUAUGGAUUAUUUUCACGGCCUUUACCGCCUUAAUAUUUUGCGUUUCUGUCAGUAACAGUUCAAACUCGUCUCUGGUGAUACUUUCCGCCAUUGCUGUUGUUCCUCCGUAGUACUUUCUGGAACUAAACAACUAACCUCACAGUAGACAAUCAGCUUUCUGUUUACACCGGCACACGCAGACCCAGUGUAAAUGAAUGGUCAUGUGAUGUGUGUUAUCAGGCGUGUUAAUAUUGGCGGAGGUUCUUUCUGAAACGGUGCUAAAACGCUUGUGUUUACGGAGAUCGUAUCCGUGUGGAUGUAGCCUCAACCUUUUAAUUUUCUUUCUGAAGAAAUGCAAAUGAACUUUUCUGUAUCUUUGUAACUUGAUCCUGAAAACUGAAGUCUGUUGACUGACUUUAACCAUGUGACGUGCUAAGCCUACAAUACUCUUCUACUUUAUCCAAAGGUUAUAUAACUGCCGCUGUAGCUCUACUGUAUUAGAUUGCUACUUGGCUGUUUUUCUUUAUUCCAACCUUUUCUUCCAGUGGUUACACAGUGGUUAUGAUGUACAUUAUAUUGUGUGCUUUGAGUUACGUACGAGUAUUUUAUACCUUUUUUUUUUAAAUUGUCUCGUUCCGCCUGUGUAUUGGGCAGAUUAUUUUUUGGGAACUUUCAUGUUUUUUGGCACUUUGUUGGAAUAUAAACUCACAAGAAUAAGCUAAAAUUGGUUCGACUCAACCAAGUUCAUAUUUCCUUCCUGCCCAUGUGUUGGCAUACGACCAGUGUUAAAGGUUUUAUCCCUGAAGCUAUCGAGUCAUGGCAGUGGGACGACUAGCGUUAGGGAAACGAGUUUGUAAUAGCAAUAAAUAAGAGAAAAAAUAUAUUGUCAAACACAAAUUAAAAAGCACUGAUAACUUGAAA